CUUAAAUCAAUCUCCCUUUUCGCCAUCACAUUUUUUUCAAAUAAAUAAAGGUGGAGGAAGCAUAGAAAGAAAAGCAAGACCAAAAAGGACAAGGAGACAAUAAUGGUUAAAGCAGGAGUCUUCUUCUUCUUCUUCAUAUUGGUGGCUGUAGUUUUCUUACAGCUGCUUUCCUCAUCAAUGGUGAGACCGAUGCUGCAGCUUCAUCCGUUAAGUUUCUUCCGGGAUUCGACGGCCCUCUGCCGUUCCAACUUGAAACCGGGUAUAUUGGUGUGGGAGAGUCUGAAGAGGUACAACUCUUCUACUAUUUCGUCAAGUCAGAGUCUGAUCCCAAAUCCGAUCCUCUCUUUCUUUGGCUCAACGGAGGGCCUGGUUGCUCAGCCCUUUCUGGCCUCAUCUAUGAGAUCGGUCCCAUUACAUUUGAACCGUUGGAGUAUAAUGGAAGCCUUCCCACAUUGAUUUCACACCCAUAUUCCUGGACAAAGGUGGCAAACAUAGUUUUUCUGGACUUACCGGUGGGUACAGGAUUCUCUUAUGCAACCACGCAAGCUGCUCAUCAGUCAAAUCCUACUAUGGCUUGCCACCACGCACAUGAAUUUCUUUUAAAGUGGCUAAAUGAUCAUCAAGAGUUUAUUUCUAAUCCGUUCUAUGUUACGGGUGACUCCUAUUCAGGCCAACUUGUUCCUAUUAUCGGUCAACUCAUCUCACAAGGGAACGAAAAUGGAAUUAGUCCCCAAAUCAAUAUGAAGGGCUAUAUACUUGGUAAUCCAUUAACGUUUCCGCUAGAAGCUAAUUACAAGUUCCCAUUCGCACAUGGAAUGGGGCUUAUUUCUGACGAGCUUUUCGAGGCAAAUGAGCUUUUAUCUGAUCUAUGUACUAUGAAAAAAAUUACCACAGUGCCAAAUACAAUGACUGAUGGGCUUACGUUUUAUGUCUAAGCAGUCACUGAAGAAGAAUUGCGAGGGAGAAUCGUUUUUAAACAUAAACCCAGAAAACGUGAAGUGUUACAACAAUUAUCAAACAUUCAGGCUGUUGACUGACGAAGUAAAUGAGAAUCAGAUCUUAGAGGCUCGAUGCGAAGAAAGCAAUUUGUUAAUGCCCAUCCAAAAGGAGUUUGGUCGAUCAAGGUUACUCCUUGAGAAGUCUAAAAACAUCAUCGGUCUUGAUGCACUUCCUUUUGUGAAAUGUCGGUCAGAUUGGUAUGACUUGUCUAAGUAUUGGGCUAAUGACGAAAGCGUUAGAGAUGCACUCCACGUAAGAAAGGGAUCUCUUGAGAGGUGGAGUAGAUGCAACAAAGAAUUGGAUUAUGUAUUCACAAGAUAUGACGUGAUUCCAUAUCAUCUAAACCUUAGCAUUAAAGGCUAUAGAUCACUUGUUUACAGCGGAGAUCAUGACUUUGUCAUAGCCUUCCUUUCAACACAAGCAUGGAUACGAUCUCUAAACUAUUCUAUUAUUGAUGAGUGGCGACCAUGGAUGGUUGAUGACCAAAUUGCAGGGUACACAAGAAGUUAUUCAAAUAAAAUGACAUUUGCAACUGUGAAGGGAGGCGGCCAUACUGCACCUGAGUAUAAACCCAAUGAGUGUUUGGCAAUGUUGAGAAGAUGGCUUUCUUAUAGAUUACUUUGAUUGUUUUAAAAAUGAUGUAUGGAAAAGUACAAAAUCAUGUAACAUUUGGGACUCUACUGAAUACAAUAAAGUACGGCACUAAAGUUGUUGUGUGUCUUAAAAUAAAUUCAAUACUUGCACUUAUACGUAAGAUAGUUUAGUAAGGAUCGUAUCCACAAGGAAAAGAUCGAAAUCUUUCUUACCAUUAAAUUGUAAAAAGGGGGAUUUAGAUUGUUGUUGAACAUAGAAGUAUUUAAACACUAAAAUGAACGACUUAUCUAUUAUAAAUUAAUAGAGAUGGAGACUUGGUUUUGCUUAUAUCCACCUAGUGAAAUGUUUGUCG